ACGAGCCAGCCAGCCUAACUGGGCAUGAUGGUGCCCAUCUAUAUUCUCAGCACUCAAAGGCAGAAGCAAGGAGGACUGCCAUAAAUCUGAGGCCCUUGUAGCUUACAUAGCAAAUUCUGGGCCAACUGGGGUUUCAAAGCAAGACUGUCAAAAGUGAGGGGAGGGUCCUGGAGUUAUUGGCCCAAUUGCAAACAUAAGAACCUAUAUGUGAUCUCUCAGAACCCAUGUCAAAAAGAUUGAGUGUGGUAGCCUGUGCUCUUAGUGCUAGAGAGGUGGCAAGCAGAGCCCCUUGGCUAGCCUAACUUUCAUGUUUCAGGCCACCAACCAUUCCCAACCCUUCCCCCACAAAACCAACCCUGUCUUAUAAAAACAAGGUGGGCAGCACCUGAGGAAUGACUGCCAAGGUAGACAUAAAAACAAAACUAAACCAUAAAUAAACAGCCCCCAGGACUCCUGGUGAGGGUCUGGGCUGCGUUAUCCAUCUCCAAAGUGUCAGUCUCCUGGGGCCUAUCCGCAGGUUCCUGUGAGGCUUCAUUCACAGCUAAGAAGUGCUGGCAGUUAACGGAGCCCUCCUGGUGUCCCAGUGCAGAGUGCCCACUGGUUGCCUGCCCUGCCCCAUGGAAGCACAGUACAGAUGUCCAAAGGAAGAGCAACGCUGGAGGAGAGUCCAGGCAAGGAGACCGUCGCACAGGGCCGCAGCUGCCAACUUGACUGCAGACUGUUUUCUCAUUGAGCAGGCUAGUCCCCAAGCUAGACAUCUUGGACAUGGUAGGGGUGUGUGAGGCUGUGUCUCACCUCCUGCUCUGGGGUUGAUAUUUGAAAAAAUCCCACAGAAUUGGCCCCCCUUGUGCUGCAGGGAGGGCUCCUAAGGGUCAGGCAUGGCCCCGGCUCAGGCCUCCGCAUGCCAUGUACGCGUGGUCACGAGUCUCAUCUCACACUGCAGCCCAGUGCCCUGCUGAGGCCAAGCACCAUGGAAACGCCGGAACUUCCCUUCCCAGGCCACAUUCUUGGGACUUGGCAGGUCUUCCUGGUGUUCUGGAGUGGCAGUCGAUAAGAUCAGCUGCAUUCCUCAACAAGGGCACUUAGAACUGCUGGGCAGGGACCUGAGAGUAGCCCUGUUUCCUGAGACGUUGUGUUGGGUCUUUCAGGGGAUUGGUGGGUAUUGGGGUUACGUCUGUCCUCACUGGCUCCCCCUUUUCGCCACUUCCUCUUGUGCGUUGGUGCACUGUCGUGUAGAUUUGAAUCUAGGGAACGUUGACCGGGGGCAGGGAAUACUUUUAAGUUAAUUUAUUAGUUUUCAAUGGGGGCUGGGGGUUGUAGCUAAGUAGGUAGAAUGCUUACCUAACAUGCAUAAAGCCUAGGGCCCAGCCACAGCACCACAUAAACAGUGUAUGGCGGUGGAUGCCUGUAAUCUCAGCAUGUAGGAAGCAGGAGGAUGAAGCGCUCAAGGCCGGCCUUGCCUAUAGAGCAAUUUUAAAGCUAGCCUUAUCUCCAUGAGGUUCUCUCAAUAAACACAUUACUUUAUUUGUAGAAUUAUAGGGACAUAACCUAGUGCCAUUGAGGACCUAGCAUAUUACAAACACUUUUUGACAUAGGGUUUUACUCUAUAGCCCAGGCUAGCCUUGAGUUUGUGAUCCUCCUGCCUGAGCCUCCCAAGUGUUAGAGCCAUCUGACUGAUCACCCAAAUAAGGAAAGGUGGAAGAGUUGAGCUGGGGCGGGGCAGGUGGUCUGAGUCCACUCGAAGCUGAGGCUCCUGCGUGGUGAGCCUCUCUGUCAGCACAGGUGCCCAUGCCCUUUCUUGUACCCUUCCCAUGCCUUCUCACAGAGUCCACCACCCUGGCUGCCUGCCAGGGCCUUUCCUGUCCUCAGUGGAAACAGAUCUUCCCAUGAGUAACUCGAGAAGGGCCAGGCUUCCUUUCCAGCUGUGGCUAGGCCUUCUGGCCUCAAGAUGAUCCCAAUGUCAUUCUCAGUUGCUCUUGGCAGAGGAGAGCCUGGCAUACAGUGACACGGUUCACACUCAGAAGAUCUCCUCACGGUCUUCUGUUGGUGACAAACUGUAGUGUCUGGGACUAUUGACUAACAGAGCAUCUGUGCUGACCAAAGUCCCCUCUAGGAGUAGGAGCACUAGUCACAGGCAUGUGAGCAGUUGCCCUCAGGGAGGCUCCAGAAACAACAGGAAUUGUCAGCAUGUGUGGUGGGAGCAACCAGCCAUGUGGGUCUGCCAGGAUACACCAAGCCCCUUAGCCUUUCCUGUGGCCCUGGGAGCCCUCCUCUCCACAGUCUCGCCUCUCUAGCCUGAGACUUUGGGAACUCUGCAUCAGAACAAGCCUGCCAUAGCCUGGCUGGUACUGUGGGACCUAGACAUUCUGGUCCUACGCAGAUCACUGCGGGCACGAACAGUGGCAGCUAGAGAGAAGGGAAGCAGAAGGAGGUGGUUUUCCGGCUGGCAGAUGCUAAAAAUAGAGAUGCCUGUGUCUGACUUUGCCCCUAGCCUGCCCUCUCUGGGUCUGUGUGUCAGAGAUAUUGUUCCCCAGCUGCCAGGGCCACUCGGGCCACUCUCACUGCUGACUAGGUAGGAGGCAAAGAGAAGUGACACCACCAUAGCACAGACACUGCCGAUUCCUCCAGAUCCCAAUUACCAUCGUGUGCCUCUGUCUGACGCAGAUCCACAAAGGGUCACCUUUGCUGCCUGGGCCCCUGUCACUUACAGCCAUUCAACUGCUUUGAGUGACAGGGAACAUUCUAGCUGAAAGUCAGCAGAGCAGAGGAAGGACGGCAGUCAAUGAAAAACACACAGGGCUGCAGGCUAACCCACCUUCAGCAUUUUGUCCUGGAAGACAGGUAGAGCUUUCAGAGGCCACCGAGUACCCAUCAAACAGUGUGCAGGAAACCGCACUCUUGUGCAUAGUGUCAGUGGCUGGAGUUGGGCUUCAUGCAUAACAGGGAUGGUAUGGUUGGUUUUCUGGGUUGAUCCCAGUGAAACAGGUACUCGCUUCUUUCUGGAUGGGCGAGGUCUUAAUGCUGCAAAAUCCUAACACCGAUAGCGUUAAUGACAAGCUCUCUAAGCCUAGUGAGACGUCCAUUUCCCUGUAUUAAGGAACAUGCUGAGGAUGGGCAAUGAGACCUUCCUGGCAGCUGUUGGGCACUUCCUGGCUUGCCAGGCUGUCUAGAGCAAAGGAACUGUCAGUCAGAUGAGCCCAGCAAUGACCCGUAAGGCAGCAGCUGCUCUAAGCUUAACUCUUCAGUGGUAAAGCUGACUGCUCGGGCUCCUGAGGGCAGGACUGUUGCAAACACCUUGUACCAGCCUUUGCUAUCACAAACCUAAAAGUGCACUCGAGUUGUAACCAUUUGCACUUUAGACACAGGGAGGGCACUUCCCCUAGGCCUAGCAGAGGGACUUCAGGACCUAACUGGAAAGAGAUGAGCCUGUGAUUGGUGGAAAUAGAAGCCUUCAUUUGCAUGCUAGGUUUGCUGUGAUUGGGGCCAAUGCCCUUCUCUCUAUAAGCAGGUUUGUCAUUCAGCUGGAAGACAGCUGUUCCCCUAGUGCUGUGGUUGGGCUCAAGAAGAAGCUGGCAAGGAGCCAGGUGGUGGUGGCACAUGCCUUUAAUCCCAGCAUUUAGGAGGCAGAGGCAAGCAUAUCUCUGUUUAGGGACAGCAGGACCACACAGAGAAACCUUGUCUUGUACCACCCCCACCCUUCCCACCUGCACUCCCUGGCAAACAAAAUUGCUAGCAAGGGACUGGGAUAAAGUGGAUAAAGUGCUUGUACAAGUGUGAGGACCAGAGUUCAGAUCCCCAUUGGUCACUAAGUGCCUGGCCUAGCGGACAUGACCUGUAAUUCCAAUGGUAAGAAGGUGGAGCUGGGAUCCCUAGGGCAAGCUGGAUGGCUGGAUUAGUCAUCUUGGUGAGUUCUAGCCCCAAGUGAGAGGUCCUACCUCAAAUAAUCAGGUGAAGAGGAAUCUGAGAUUCCAGCUGUCAACCUCAGACACACACACACACACACACACACACACACACACACACACACACACACACACAUUGCACACACCCACAUGCUUUAGAAUAACAAAGAAAAGGCCUCCAAAUAUAAACAAAUAAACAGAAACAAACAAGAGACACCCUAGCUUCAGCUCAUCACUGCACGUGUCAGUAAAGGGGUGUGGCAAGUGUUCCUGCACCAAUCAGCAGUUCUGCAUGCAAAUAAAGUAGGUUCUGUUUGCACCAGCCAUAGGCCAUCCAAGGUGGCUGCAGUGACUGCAGAGCGGUUUAGUAACAGUUCUUUCUGUGAUGCUGUCCUUCCAUGUGGCUCCCUCAGGGAGCCUGCGGAGUACGAAAGCAGACGGGCUGCCGUGAGGGUGGUCCAGCCACAACCAAAGUGUGUGCACGCCAGUGAAUGCAGGCCAGAAGUCAACAUCUCGUGUCUUUCUCAAUCUCUCCUGGACUUAUGUUUGAUAUAAAGUCUCUCCCUGUCCUAGUUAGAGUGACUGUUGCUGUGAUAGAACACCAGGGCCAGAGUGACUCGAGAGGGACAGUGUUUAUUUGGUUCAAACUUCCAUCAUCAAAGGGAGUCAAACAGGGCAGGAACCAAGAAGCAGGAGCUGAUGCAGAGGCCAUGGAGGGGUGCUGUUUGUUGGCUUGCUCCCAUGGCUUGCCCAGCCUGCUUUCCUAUAGAUCCCAGGACCACCAGGAUGGCACCAACCACAAUGGGCUGAGCCCUCCCACAUCAAUAACUAACUGAAAAAAAAUGCCCUACAAGGCUUGCCUACAGCCCGAUCUUUUCUUUUUUUUUUUUCUUUUUUUUUGGGGGGGGGGGGUUCUUUUUUUCGGAGCUGGGGACCGAACCCAGGGCCUUGCGCUUCCUAGGUAAGCGCUCUACCACUGAGCUAAAUCCCCAGCCCCUCCUACAGCCCGAUCUUAUGGAGACAUUUUCUCAAUUGAAGCCCUCUCCUCCAAUGACUCUCGCUUGGGCCAAAUUGGCAUAAAACCAGUCAGUAUACUCCCUGAUCCUGGUACUCACCAAUUAGACUAGGCUGGCUGGCCAGCCAGAGUUUCAGGGACCUUCCUGUCCCCGCCCCUCUUACCAGGAUGAGCAAGAGCAAACCGUGCCAGGUUACUUGGAUGCCUGGUGUGAUGGGUGGUGUUAAUUGUCAGCUUGACAGCAUCCAGAGUCACCUGGGAGACAGGCCUCUGGACAUUCUUGUUCUGGACUAUCUUGAGUAUGUUAAUUAAUGUGAAAGACCCAUCUUUAUUAUGGGCAGGGAUGUCCCAUGGCUGGUAACAUACUCUAAAUAAAGGGAGCUGAGCAUUCAUUUCUACCUGUUUCCUGAUUCCACAUUAUCAGUUGCUUCAAGUUCUCGUUGCCUUGACUUCUCUGAUAUGGUGGACUUAACCUGCCUGAGCUGUGGAGCCAGAACAAACUUUCUCUCUUAAGUUGCCUUUGUCAGGAAGAGAAGUUAAGACUCUGAGGAUCCAAACCUGAGUCAUCAAGUCUACAAGGCAAGCAUCGUGCUUAAGCCAUCCCCAGCCCCCUCCCGACAGUUUUCAUCUUUUACAGAAGCUCCAAAAGGGUUUAUACAGUGUCCACCCAGCUUGAUUCAAACGCCCUUCGUCAGGCUUUCGGCAGGCUUAAUGAAAGCUAAUCCAACUUGAUCACCUAGUUGUAUCCUGUGUGUCCAUUGUGUGCAACUCCGUGUGGAGGCAGGAGAACUUAAGCUUGGGGAGGGAAGGGUUUACUUCUUCUAACCCUCUCAGGUCCCACAUGAUCACAGAGGGAAGUCAGGGCAAAAGCUCAAGGAAGGAACUGAAGCAGACAACGGAAGAUCUCAUUGCUGGCUGGUUCACGGUGACCUACCCAGUUUGCUUUCUUUUCUUUUCUUUUCUUUUUUUUUUUUUUUUUCUUUUUUCUUUUUUUCAGAGCUGGGGACCGAACCCAGGGCCUUGCCACCCAAGCGCUCUACCACUGAGCCAAAUCCCCAACCCCCCCAGUUUGCUUUCUUAUAAGCACCCAGGACCUCCUGCCCACAGUGGGCUGGGCCCUCACACAUCAAUCACUACCAAAAACAACAAAAAGGAUGUACCACAGACUUGCCCACCAGCCAAUCUGAUGGAGGCAUGUCUCAGUUGCUGAUCCUCAUCCUCACCCUUACUGUGUCAAGUUGACCAAAAACAAAAAAACAAAAACAAAAAACUAGCCAACAGCCAAAGCACGAAGGAUGUUCUGGUGACUCCUCUUCUUUUACCUUUGCUAUUUUCGACUUUGUAUUUUGAAAUAGAUAAGGGUUCCCUGGUUGGAAAAAUAGCACAGAGGAUGCUCAUAACUACUGCAGCAUCCCCACUGCAUCCCCCCUGGAGCGUGGCGCUGUGUCUGUGUCCAGCUCUGAUACCACAGGUUCCUCCCACAUCUCUCCAGAUAUGCCAGUCCUGCUUCCUGGCAGCCCUUACAGUAAGACAUCUCGGGACUUUAUGAAUGGAGCACACCUCAUGGCCUUGGGAGCAGACUUUCAUCACGUGCUCCGAAGUCCGCCUUGAUGAAUCUUUGUAUUUCCUUCAUUGCCAAGGUCAAUAGUCUUUGGUGUGGAAGAAGCGUGUUCUUAGGUACCAACUGUAGGUCGUUUCUUACUGUUCUUCUUAUGUGGGCACCUGGCAAGGUGUCUCAUUUCAAAAAUGACAGCACUUGGAGACAGAUGCAGAAGAGUCGCUGGGCGUUUCUUCCUUAGUCAUACACUCAGUGUGUGUGUGUUUCUCCCUUAUUCAUACAUUCAUUCUGGGGCGUGGGAGGGAGGGAGCGAGCGAGCGCAUGUCAGACCCCUCUGGAACUGUAAAUUCAGAUGCUUGUGUGUUCUGGGAACCCAACCAGCCCUUUGCAAGUUCAGUAAGUGCUCCCAACCCAACCGCUGAAAACCUUUCCUAAUUUUGUGUUGGGAGCUGUGGAACACAAGUCUGCGCGAGCUGGAGGGAGGCAUGGCAACAGCAUACACCUCAGCCAUAGCCUUAGUUAUCCGUAGAUGGGACCACCCACGCCACCGACGUACAAGCAGCCCCCUGGUGCCGGGACAAGCCCCGGCAGAGGCCACGCCCACGCGCCAAGGGCGCAGGCGCGCCGGCGUCACUGUCCAGCCGGCUGAAUCUGGUUCCGCCCCAGUCUGGGGCUCACUGCUGUGAAGUGUCCUCAGUCCCUGCAGUUCGCACCAACGACUCCCGGCUGCCUACAAGCGAGGUGCAGGAGGCCAGCCCUGAGUUGUCCCCAGAGGAGAGAAGGGUCUUGGAAAGGAAACUGAAGAAGGAACGGAAGAAGGAAGAGAAGAAGCGGCUGCGGGAGGCAGGCAUUGCCACAGCACAGACUGCCAAGGUUCAGACUCCGCCAGCCAAGCCCUCAGCUGCUGUCCUGGCCCUGGAGUACCUCCAAGGGUGGGCUGAGAAGCAAGAGAGCUGGAGAUUCCAGAAGACGAGGCAGACAUGGCUCUUGCUACACAUGUACGAUGAGGACAAGGUUCCUGAACAGCACUUUUCUACCCUGCUGGACUACCUCGAGGGGCUCAGGGGCAGUGCCCGAGAGCUGACAGUGCAGAAGGCCGAGACCCUGAUGCAGGAGCUGGAUGGGACGGACCCCAAGGCCAGGUCUCUGGGGAAGAUGCAGCGCCUCCGGCAGGUGCUCCAGCUGCUCUCCUAGCGGAGGAGCCGCCUUGGCCCCGAGGACGCACUGCUACCUCUUCCCAGAGCUGUGGGAGCCAACGGGUCACCAGCAGGUCAUCUGGCUCGAGGACUUCCUUCCAAAGUCCUUCCAUCCCCCUCCUAUAAGCUGUAACAGUUUCUGGUGCCUUGGGAGUUGAACAUGGUCUCCCUGAAAUAGUUCUAAGGUGCCACUCCUGCAUGAGUGGCCCUGAAGUGGCUGUGAACAGAGUCUUCUUUUUCUACCAAGGGUAUCUUAAAGGUUGGCCCAAGCCUGCAGCCUGGGUGCAGCUCACCAGUCUUCAGGGAGACCCUAUUGAGGGCUCGUAUUGAGGCCCCUGGGCCUGUGUGGCUGCCCCAUGAUCCCUACUCAGUUUGGCAGUCACAGCUGUCCCUAGUGUCAGCACUGGGCCAGCUCCUUCUCACUGAACCUCUUGGCCAGCACAUUGGAAACAGAAGGACUAAGCAUCUGUAUCUGGGCCCAUGACACCAUCAGAACACACGCUCCACUCCCAUUGGAUGACUUUUCAGACCAUAAAGAAUCGCCCAUCGAUGCCACACAGGGAGGGCACUGACAGGCUAGAGAGGAUCUGGUGCGAGUCUGGCUCAGGGAGUAGUGAGUUCACUGGGGUCUGCAAAUGGGAACCACGGCCUGUGUCCGCCUUCAGCCUCUCCCGCUUCCAGCCACAGCUUCUUGACCUCCUUAUCCACGGCCCUUUGCAUCAGUCACUUUUAUACCCCAGGUAUAGAGGUUUAUAAAAGAGAUUUACAGAAAAAUAUAUGCCAUAUCUCAAGAAAUUUAUUAAAACAAUUCUGAAUACAAA